AGUGCACUAUUGUAUACGGUUGCAAGAGCGACCAUGAAAUCUAGCAACUCUGUAAGCACAAAAGAAAAACCGUUCUCAGGGCCACCAGCAGCAGCUGGCUGAGCGAUGAGUUUGUUUGUUGAUGUCGGCAAUUGGCGCUAGUCUAGUGGUGGUCGUUCCCCGAUUAUAGACCGUCGUCGUCGUGGUUGUCGUUGAUGAAACUAGCUUCUACUAUCAUAUGCUAGAUUUACCGACGAAGAAAUCCGUGGACGUGUGUGACGAAAUACGACAUAACGCAUCUAUAACACUUACGUGAUUGUCAUAAGUGACGUAGCGAUCGAAUUAAAAGCAAACAGCAGGCAAACGUUAUUGGCUGAAAGCAGCAGUGUGAAGUGUAGUGCCGCAAGUGGCCAAGUAAUUGUUCAAAAUGGGAUUUUUCUAUUGAAGGUGAAUGAAUCCAUAAUCCACCCGUCUUUAAAAUAGUGAGAUCCACGGUCCGAGUUCAAGGAUACAGAAACAAAGGUGCGUGAGUGAGUGCGGGUGGGGGUGGUAAGAGUGUACAAAGUACACAAACUGUAGCAACCAACAGAGAGUGCUAGAGAUAAGAAGGGAAGACAGGGCACCGUUCGAGGAAGGGAAAUGUUUUCCUUUCUCCCUUUUCCGUCGUCGUAAAUGUCUCAUCAGCUUUUGUGUACUGGGGUACUAGCGGGAUCGAGAAACAGCAGACGUCAGCGGCCGCUACCAUCGGAGGAGGUGGCACAAACAAGUAACUACUGCUGGUUACUCUGCGAGGAGCUCGCAGUCACCGGAGAAGGUAAAACCAGCUGAAGCCUAUCGCAUUCGUACUCGCACGCAUAACUCAAUUCAAUUGCGCGAAAAUCAGAACAAAGUGAAAAACCCGAACCGUCCGAAGAUCUUCGGGCUAGUGAUAUAAUUAUUGAAGGCGAGCACAGAAAAAAAUGGCAGAUUUCGAUGCGAUCUACGAGGAGCAGGAAUUGGCUGAAUCGGAAGAUCUCGAGGAGGCCCACGUUCAGAUGGUGCCGGAUCCGAUUGUCAUACGGGGAGCAGGAAAUAUGACAGUUUUUGGCCUCAGCAAUCGGUUCAACGUGCAAUUUCCAGCCGGUCUGGUGUCGCGCGUCGCUCCCGAAGAAUUCAAGGCGACCAUCUUGCGUAUUAACGCGGUCCUCAAGAAGACGCUUCCAGUCAACGUGAAGUGGCUGUUUUGCGGCUGCGUGUGCUGCUGCUGCACACUCGGAUGUUCCCUAUGGCCUGUGAUAUGUUUAAGUAAGAGGACUCAGCACACACUAAACAAACUGCUCGAGUGGGAGAAUAGUCAUUUGUAUCAUAAGCUUGGCUUGCACUGGAGGCUCAGCAAGCAGCAGUGCGAUUCCAACUCGAUGAUGGAGUACGUCCUGUUGAUAGAGUUUAUACCGAAGACGCCCAUCUAUCGCCCGGAUUAGACAGGCCCAGUCGUCACUUGGUAUACUAGUUUUGAACUACAAUAAAACAAAAAAAAAAAAUAUCGAUAGCUGUUAUUUUGAAGCAAAAGGCAAACUUUUAUAUAGCGACAAGAGUAUGAGAUGCCUAGCCGAUUGUUUAGCUAGUUGAGAACUGUUUUUUGUCGGUAGGUUUUAGUUUAUUAGAAUUUGUUCCCCAAGAAGCUAAUGCUAGCUAACCAGAAUAACUAUUUUGCAAGCAAAGAGAACUAUUGAUUGACAAGCUGUCGUGUACAAAAGUUGGUAGUAAUUGCCUGCGAGAAUAGAGUUCGCGUCUUGUGCUUCCGCGUGGGGGGACACAUGUGUAGAUUAUUGUAAAGCAUACCUUAGAGGUGAUGGCAAACCGUUGUACGGACUGCUAUCCGAGCGAAGCAAGGAAGUGUGAAUUUCUGGAUGAAAAACAUUUCCGCCGUUUUGAACGGAAAAGGCAAACUAAUAAAUAAUAACCACUCAAGUGAUCUUAGAACAAGCAGCGGCAAGAAAAUUGUGGCGAGCCGAAAAAAUAACGAUAGUGUUGGUCUUUUCCAAAAAAAAAACUUAAAUGCAAUGAAGAAAAGGAAAUAUGAAGUUGUGAAAAUAAAACACACACAAGUAACACAAACUACAUCCAAGAAUAAGCAGUCAUUGUAUAGUGUAUAGAGAUUUGUUUAGCAUGUAAGGCGAAUUGAAUAAUAAAACCUAAAAGCUAUUCUUUGA